AUGACUUCCAAAGUUCGUCCAGUUAUUCCACCAAAGCCAGCAAGGCUUUCUAUAAGUUCACAAAAACGAGAUACUGCCUAUUCAACGAAUUCAACAAGCUCAACUAAACGUGAUACUGCUUAUUCAAUGAAUUCAACACAUUCAACUUCUACAACUUAUUCGCAAGAACAAAUGACUGAGUCGCCACCCCCAGCUUCUCCAGUAUCAUCCAACGGGAACGAUGAGGAAAUUGUAGACGAUAGAACUCCAAGAGCUUCUGAAGUUUUUUCCCUGCCAGCUGGUCGUCAGGCUAGAGCUUUAUAUAACUUUGAGGGUGAAACUGUUCAAGAAUUGUCUUUCAAAGCUGGUGACGUGCUUAAUGUUUUAAAAGAACGCCUUGCUGAAGGAUGGUCGUUGGCUGAAAAGGAUGGUAAAACAGGACUUGUUCCUGAUGCUUAUAUAACAUAUACUACUGAAUUCACUGGACUUCCUAAUGCAACCCUUUCUCCUACAUGUUCUUAUAUAUCUGAAGAUUCCAUGGAUUCAUCUACAGUAUUGUCAUCUAAUGGUCCUCGUAGCAGUACUAUGUUGGGCAGAAGACAAUUGAAUCGAUUUAGCUGGUUUGUCACUACGGGUGUUGAGGAAUUUAUUUUAAAUGGCGGAGAGCCGCUAAUAGAUAAUAAUAGUCCUAGCGGUCCAAGUUGGCAAGAGAAAGCACCUAUUUUCAAAGUUUUAAUUCAUCAUCCAGAGAAGCGCGUAAAACUCGGUGGUGUAUCCGAGUACACAAUAUUUCAUGUCACAUCAUCGUUUGCGAACGGUGUUCAAGUUACUGUUGAAAGGAGAUUCAGUCACUUUGAGUGGUUAUAUAACUGUUUAUCUUCUAAAUUCGGUGCGCUUAUUCUUCCACCCCUACCAGAAAAACAAUAUUCCGGACGUUUCAACGAGGGAUUUAUAGAAAAACGUCGUCGUGCGUUGGAGCGAUUUAUCAAUCGUUUGGCUCGUCACCCUGUUAUUCGAUAUUCAGAUUUAUUAACACAUUUCUUAAGUUGUGAAGACGAAUCGGAAUGGCGUAAGCGUGAAAAACAAUUUGAAGCUGAGAGAAUUGUUGGUCACACUUUUUUUCAACACGUUUAUCAUCCUGAAUUUAAUGUGGACGAUGGUGAUAUUGAAACAAUGGAACGGUUUGAAGCACAUGCACGUGCCAUGGAAAAAUUAAUGCCUUGGAUAAACGAGGCUUCACAAGCGCACAAAGAUUCUAUUGAUGAAAUGCAACGCCAAUAUCGCAGAGUGAGCUUUGCUUUGUUAAGGCUCAUCACAGGUCAUAAUGCUGAUGAUGGAUUUGAAUCUACAAACGAGGAUGGUGCCUGGUGUUGGAGGGAUGGGUGUCACGCUUGCCUUAGCCUUACAAAGGCACUCCAAUCCACUGUUGAAAGCAUGCAAACAAUAGCAGAUUUAUAUGAAUUAUAUGCAAAAGAAACAGUCGUUCCAUGGAUCGAAAGUUUAAGAGAAUACAGUUAUCCAUCUAGUAAUUACGAGGCUUUAGUAGAUAUGCAUAUGGGUGCUUACAAAAAGUUCAAAGAUGUGUCGGAAGAAAAUGAAAGUUUACACCACUUAGGGGACAUAGAUGGUGAAACAAUUCGUUCUCGAUGUGACACAGUAUUCAAUGUCACUCUUGCAGAAGUGGACCGAAUUCAUGAAGAGCGUGUUCAAGAUUUCCAGGAAAAUACAAAACAGUAUUUGGAUGGACAAAUUGAAUAUUAUGAGAAGAUACUUGAAGAGCUUCGCCAAGCUCGAUCUGCCUUUGAUGAACCUCAUUAUACUGCCCUCUCACAAUCUGCUCGAACUCCUAGUCAAUAUGAGACAAUGAUCGACGAUCAACGACCAGUAUUAUCGCGCCCAGUUUCCGUAAAUACAGUCAGUUCCGUAUCUGAUGUGGUUGGAGGAGUUGUUGAUGGUAUGGGAAGCAUGGGAAAUUUCUUGAAAAAAACUGCCAGAACUUCUAUUGGAAGAUCUUCCAUGUUUGAUAGGAUAAUUUUAUAA